AUGGACCACCUGAUCUUAGGUGACAGAGGAGUCAAAAGAGUCAACGGCGGAGGAAGAGAGUACUUGGGAAGAAGCAGCAGGAGUCAAGUGACAGUGACCCAAGAUAGACCCGAACCCGAAUCCGAGCGCCGGAAGGCCCAAACGGACAUCCAACCGAAACAGUCAACUCAAAAUCCUGUCUUGUUGGACUGUCUGCUGCUAAUGAUGUGCGAGCCGAAGCUGUCCAUGGAGGUGUCCAAGGAGACUUGGGUCUGCAGCACUGACUUCAUCCGAUGCCUCCCGGAGCCACACGUCUGCAUCAACAAAAAGGACGGUAAGGAUGAGGCGAAGAAGCCGCGCGCCGCGGAUCAGCUUGGACUCGCGGCGACAGCUGCUGCUCAACAGGAAGUGUCGAUGGCCGAGAUCAUAGGGCAGAAGCUGGUAGGUUCUACUGCCUACGAGCCGUUUGUGCUAACGCGCUGCAAGUCGGAGCCAAUGAGGUCGGUGUCUAAGCUUGCACCGGAGGUUUGCUUUUGGAAGAACAGGAACCUGCAUCGCCACCCGGGUCCUCUCGGAGUCGGGUUUUAA